CACCUUUUGUCGACAAUGCACUGCACUCUUCGCCUCGCUACUAUUGCUGCUACAAAGCCGCCCCCGCUGUCCUUCCAGCAAUUUAUCCAGCGCGGCAAGGUCAUCGCUAUGUACCGCAAGUAUAUGCGGCUAACCAAGCGAAUUCCAGACAAGAACGACAAACGUGAGAUGCGCCAGUGGAUUCGCGGCGAUUUUGACCGUUACAGGUCAGAGACAGACGCUCAGAAAAUCGAAGUACUGCUGGCCCAGGCCACACGUCAGUACAAGGAAAUGGAAUCAGGGAUGUUCUCCAUGCUGUGAUACAGUAAAAGCGCAUUAGAAUAUAUAGGAAUCGCAUGCUUUGAAGACCUUGUAUGCCUUGCUAGAAUGUAUCUACUUCAUAAUCUCAUUCGAUACUAGUUGGUUUGGAGCUAUAUUAUUUCUCGAGAAUCAGUAAGAGAGGCAGGGCCAGGUCUUGCUGCUUCUCCU